AUGUUUAAGAUCAAUGGAUCUGUCCAGAUGGAGUGUGCGCUGCUGUAUACCUUCCUGGAGGUAUCACGCGACUGUAAGUUCAAAGAGCAACUGCAUUCCCUGCAAAGCCAGGGGGUUCUGCCUUUCCUGAAAGGCAGCUACUACUAUGAUGAUGAGGUAGAACUUCAGACUGAUGGCAAUCGGAGUGGCCACUUGCAGAAUGGUGAGCUAGUUUUUGACCCUGAGAUAAAUGAAGAAGUUGUCCGGAUCAUUGCUGCUCAGCUCGCUGAGAUUGGAGACCAGUUUGAUAAAGAAAUCAAAGCAAGAGUAGUAAAUGAUCUAGUGCAGCACUUUCUGAAUGAGAAUCUGUCUGGAGAG